AUGCCUCCCAAGAUUGAUCCCAAUGAGGUGAAGGUCAUCCACCUUCGAGCGACCGGUGGAGAGGUCGGUGCCUCAUCGGCGCUUGCCCCCAAGAUUGGUCCCCUUGGUCUGUCGCCCAAGAAGGUCGGAGAAGACAUCGCAAAGGCUACUGGCGACUGGAAAGGCCUACGAGUCACCGUUAAGCUCACAAUCCAGAACCGUCAAGCCGCCGUCUCCGUCGUUCCCACAGCAUCCUCCCUCAUCAUCAAGGCAUUGAAGGAGCCGCCCCGUGACAGGAAGAAGGAAAAGAAUAUCAAGCACUCGAAGAGCGUACCUCUCGACGACAUCAUCGAGAUUGCCCGAACAAUGCGAUUCAAGUCUUUCUCUAAGGACCUGAAGGGGUCCGUCAAAGAGAUCCUAGGAACAGCAUUCAGUGUAGGCUGCCAAGUGGAUGGACGAAGCCCCAAGGAUAUCAGCGACGACAUCGAGAGUGGCGAGAUCGACAGAUACCCUGCUACAGACUCUGAACGAGGGAGAUUACCGGUCAAGCCCCUCUCCAGUGCUAAGGCCGCUGUUGAGAUGCUAACUCAUUUGUGCGAACAAAGUGGUUGGAAAUGGGUUGAUGGUAUGGUACUCGGCGGCUGUUUACAUUACGGCCUUGAACGUUACGAGCAAUCAUUGGAGUGGUUUCAGAGGAUCAUAUCUCUAGAUGAGACCCAUGUUGAGGCGAUUUCAAAUGUUGCGGCAACUCUUUAUUGCCUAAAUAGACAUGAAGAGGCCGAGCAGCAUUGGCUGCGGGCUGUUCACUUGCGACCCAGUUAUCUAGAAGCUGUCGAGCAUCUCGUUGGGCUUUUAUGUUCCAGUCAUAGAAGUAAGGAAGCUGUUGAUAUAAUUAAUUUUGUUCAACAAUCUCUUCGUCUCCCCGAUCGGUCUAGCUGCGAUAUCAGUUCCGAUAGAAGUAGAGAAAUCAGCAGCUCUGGGUACAGUAAAGCCAAGCUGCACCUGCAUCAACGUUGCGGGCCAAUACACAAUAGCGAUAGCGUUGAAGGGUCAAGAUUACCUGGCUUUGGUUCAAGUGGUUAUUGCGUCAGUGGCAACGAGAAUGGCCGCAUUAUAGCUCUGAUUCACGCUAAAGGGAACAUGCUAUAUGCGUUGAAAGAUAUCGACCAGGCUUCUGAAGCCUUCGAAGAAGCCGUGCUUAUCAGUGCCGGGAAGAGGCUUAAAUGCAUCAAUUCAUUGAUACGCAGAAUACAGUCAGUCCUAUCUCCCACGGAUAUAUGCGGACCCUCGAGACGGGGUAGCCUUCGUACUCCAUCUACUGGACCACUGCUGCUCCCCCCUGAGAAGGCAAGGCAUACUGCCCAAUUAGUUUUUGCGGCCCAUGGCGAGCUUCCUGGAUUGCGUUUCGUGCCGGACGGUGCGCCGAAAAGGUCGGCAAUCUCUACCACUAGCAACUCGUUGUUAUCAUUAGCAAAGAUAUUCCAAGAUGCCAUGUCGAAUGGUGGUUCCUUUCCAAGGCUAUUACGCCAGCCCUCUGGAAUUGGCGACAUUUUAGCGCUCUACUAUUUAUCCCUAUCGCUCUCCGAGAGCCCUUCGACGGCCAACAAUGUAGGGAUUCUAUUAGCCAGCGUUCAGCACACCAGUCCUGCCUCGCAGCUACAGAUCCUAGAAAGCCCAAACAUACCACCGAUACCCGGAAUUGCUCCCGGCAGUGGUCUCGCCCUGGCUCUUGCCUAUUAUAACUAUGGCUUAAGCUUAGACUCCAAGCACGUUCAUCUCCAUACGAACCUCGGAAGCCUACUAAAAGAUAUUGGCCAACUUGAUCUAGCAAUACAAAUGUAUGAGCAGGCCGUUGCUUGUGAUGGCAACUUUGAUAUCGCCCUUACGAACCUUGCCAAUGCUGUCAAGGACCGUGGCCGCAUUAAUGAUGCUAUCAUGUAUUAUAGGCGUGCUGUCAACUCUAACCCUGACUUCGCGGAAGCGGUCUGUGGUCUUUCUACAGCUCUUAACUCCGUCUGUGAUUGGAGUGGUCGAGGUGGUGUACUGCUAUAUGGUGGAACAUACGACCGCUGGCAUGUUGAUGAUAAGGGGAUGCUUCGGGACGCUAAAAUGGAAAAGACUGGCAGUGGCUUGAUAAAGAAAGUCGUUGAUAUUGUCUCAAAGCAGCUUGCAGAGUCUUGCCAUUGGGGCGCAGGCAUUUUGCGAAAUGGAACCCUCGAACUCCUAAUUUCGCAGGUCAAUUUCCUAGCGGCGGAGGGGACACGAAAAGGGGUGAAUAUUGAGGAUGCUCUGCGUAGGUGGGCAGGCCAACCGUGGGAAGGCUCGAAGAUCCUUCGUCUCGUGGAGCGUUCAAUGAAAGUGACGAUGCGCCGUUGGUAUUUAGAUAAAUAUGUUCACAACCGCGGAUCGCAGUCGGGAUACCCACGACUCAAGCUGCCAGCCUCUCUGGCUGUGCCAGCAGCACCAACUGUUCUUCCUUUCCAUACCUUCACCUGUCCAUUGACGGCUAAGGAUAUACGUAUGAUUUCUCAGCGGAACGCCGCGAGGAUAUCAUGCUCAACUCUCAAGUCGCCGUGGCUUCCCAAUUCCGUGUAUGCGCCGCCCCCUCCGCCCAGCCCACACCUCAAUAUUGGAUAUGUAUCAUCGGACUUCAAUAAUCAUCCGCUCGCGCAUCUAAUGCAAUCCGUAUUCGGAUUUCACGACCCAUCACGAGCAAAAGCUUUCUGCUACGCUACUACGGCGAGCGAUAAAUCGGUUCAUCGGUUGCAAAUAGAGCGUGAAGCUCCCGUAUUUCGCGACGUGAGCAAUUGGCCUUCAGAGAAGCUCGUGGAACAGAUAGUCGAAGAUGGGAUUCAUAUUCUUGUUAACCUCAACGGUUAUACCCGAGGCGCUAGGAACGAGAUAUUCGCAGCCCGACCGGCGCCAAUCCAAAUGUCUUUCAUGGGAUUCGCAGGUACCCUCGGUGCUGAAUGGUGUGAUUACAUCUUAGCCGAUAGAACCGCCAUUCCUCCAUCCACACUACGACCUAUGAGAAGCAACACAGACUUGGAGGAUGUUUUUCGAGAUGACGAGUUUAGCGAAGAGGGUGAAUGGAUGUAUUCCGAAAAUAUCGUCUUCUGUCGUGAUACGUUCUUUUGCUGCGACCAUGCGCAAUCGUGUGAUCCGGCCGAAAGGCGUUUAACUUGGGUAGACGAACAACGACGACGAUGGAAGAUGCGCAAGGAGCUUUUUCCGAAUUUUCCAGACGACACUAUUAUACUUGGCAAUUUUAACCAGUUAUACAAGAUUGACCCUUCCACGUUUCGCACGUGGUUGCGUAUCCUCUCCAACGUCCCCAAAGCCAUACUGUGGCUUCUCAGAUUCCCUGAGCUCGGCGAAAACAACCUGAAGAAAACAGCUAGGGCCUGGGCGGGUGAAGAGGUGGCAAGUCGGAUCGUCUUUACAGACGUGGCGCCGAAGCAGCAGCACAUUUCGCGGGCGCGUAUCUGUGACCUCUUUCUGGACACACCAGAGUGCAACGCACACACAACAGCUGCAGAUGUCUUGUGGUCAAGCACUCCAUUACUAACACUACCGAGAUAUCCAUAUAAGAUGUGCUCUCGCAUGGCAGCGUCGAUUCUCAAAGGAGCAUUACCAAAGACACCUGCUGGGGAUGAAGUUGCCCGGGAGCUUAUCGCUUCCGGUGACUCUGACUACGAAGCGCUCGCAACUAGACUUGCGGGAAGCUUGACUUAUCGGUACGUGGAUGGAGAGUAUUGCGAGGGGAACGGACGACUGGCCGAGAUGCGAAAGAUUUUUUUCGAAGCGAAGUGGAAAUGCGCACUCUUCAACACACGAAGAUGGGUGUCUGAUUUAGAGUGGGCAUACGAAGAAGCAUGGCGGCGUUGGGUGGCCGGGCAAGGCGGUGACAUCUAUCUACCUAUAGAAGAAUAG